CCCUCCUGCGGCGCGGGUGGAAACCCCGUGCCGGCCGACGCCGCGUUCUUUCUGGGCGCCGCCAUUCCGCAGAGCGGGUCGCGGUGCCGGCCUCGCCAUGCAGAUCUUCGUGAAGACCCUCACGGGGAAAACCAUCACCCUCGAGGUUGAGCCUUCUGAUACUAUAGAAAAUGUAAAAGCCAAGAUCCAGGAUAAGGAAGGCAUUCCUCCUGAUCAGCAGCGGCUGAUUUUUGCUGGAAAACAGCUUGAAGAUGGGCGCACGCUGUCUGACUAUAACAUUCAAAAAGAAUCAACUCUUCACCUUGUGCUGAGACUUCGUGGUGGGGCCAAGAAAAGAAAGAAGAAGUCUUACACUACUCCCAAGAAGAACAAGCAUAAGAGAAAGAAGGUUAAGCUUGCAGUGCUGAAAUACUACAAGGUGGAUGAAAACGGCAAGAUCAGUCGUCUGCGCCGGGAGUGCCCCUCUGAGGAGUGUGGAGCCGGAGUCUUCAUGGCUAGUCACUUCGACAGACAUUACUGUGGCAAGUGCUGUCUGACAUACUGCUUCAAUAAACCAGAAGACAAGUAAAUGUACUAGACAAUAAAAAAGUUUAAGGAUUUA